UGCUGCGCCUGCUGCGUAUUGGCUUCGAAUAGGUCAAGGUCGACGCCGACUGAGACUUAGACUUGGCUCGUGCGCCACCGCUCGGGCGUCGCGAAAACGCCUACCCUCAAGCGCAAUUAGCCUCCGCUGAUCGCCCGACGCGACUGCUGCGGGAUGUGGCGCGUCCCCCUCAACACUCCUUGCUUUCCUUCUCCGACCUGUCCCCCUGUCGCCCGCCAUGGUCAAACCUGCUUCUCUCGCAUCCUCUUCCUCCGCGCCGGUCUUGAAGCGCUCGAAGACGUCUUCGACGAUACCCACCUCGGGCUCAGUGGGCUCUAUCGAGAGCCGCUUCUCGUCCCCGCACUCGCGAGGCCGGCUUCGAACAGUGACAGUCACCGCCGCACAUCUCUAUCGCAAGGCGGACCCCGCGCCAGAAGCGACUGUACGACCGGAAACCCCAACGGGCAAGCGCCACAUUCUGCCUGUCUUCUUCACAUGGAAGUCAUCUGAAGUCGAGCCUUCCCACCUACGCCCUAUGGCCAAUCCCAUCUUGCGCUGGGUACUCGUGGCUUACUCAAUAUGGUGCUGUCUCUACGCGUCUACAUCUCUGUUUGGCGAAUACCGACACGACUCCUUGCAUACGUCAAGAUACAGGACUCUCAAUGAACUCAGUAAUACCCAGCGUUUGUCCCGCACCGCGCCGCAUCAGCCACCGCUCGCGUCGCUCCAGCCCAACAUACUUGAAGCCCAGCACGCGCCGAUCCAUGCGAUAACCGCAUGCCUCUGGACGACUGAAGCCGAUGCUGCGGUCAACGUACGUUCGUGGACUUCUAUCUGGCCAGGGCCCAUCUCUGCCGUUAUCACCACCAGCGCGACACCCGGUUCCCCUGAACACGCCUCGCUCAUCCGCCAACUUCGUAUCUCCGACUCUAGUAAACCGCAACGCCUAUGGCUACAUCUCCUGCACGACUCUGGCGGGCCUCCAACCUCGCCGAAUGCGUACCUCAAUACUGCCCGGCUGUUCGCGCCUUCGAAGAACGUCGUUCUCUUUCCUGCCAAUAUCACAACGUCACCCGUACAUGUGUCGCUAUUGCAAGAUCGAAUGCAAGAUCGACCAAUCCUGCUGACCCCGCGCGCGCCAUCCUCGUUUCCGCCAUUCUCGCCAGCUCCGAUCGCUCUCUCACGCGACUACCCUGUCUGGUGCUCCGAGCGCUUCUUCUACGGCGGUGAUCGACUGGCGGACUGGAAAGAAUGCCUGUGGCAUAUUUGGCUGAACCAAUUCGGCGACGUAGAUUUCCUGAAUGUGACAUCGGUCGCCCCAGUUGUGCGAGGAAUAUCUCCUGCAGACCGCAAGAUACGUUCGCGGCUGGUCUCUCGCUUUAGGACGGAAACUUGCGAUCUAUUUGCCAAGCAGCACAUGAUACGCCAGGAGGAGGGCGUUCGCACUCACCCCGCCAAACAGCGGUGGUUGAUCGACUUCUGCGCAAAGACGUCCGACAGCGUCAUAACGUCGUGGUAGAUUAGCAGUACAUAUUGUACACGGAUCCAAAAUGAAGCAAGGUUGGUACACAGAACAUACAGAAAUUACCCCAGCAUCUCCGCCUCCAUCUCGUCCUCCUCUGCCU